AUUAUCCUCCUGCCCCGAGUACACCGCCGCUCCCACACCCCCACGUUCCCCUCGAUCAAAUCCCCACCUCCCCUCCUUUCACCGUCGGCCACCCCACCCUCGACCCGCCGGCCGCCCCACCCUCCCCGCCUUUUCCAGCACCUGCUAGCCUCCCCUCCCCUCCACCAAGCUCGUCCACUGGAUCCAGUAGCCCCCGCACCCCUCCCUCCGGCGCCGCGGAGACACCUCCCCCCAACUCCGGUUGGAUCCGCCAACUUCCCUGACUGCGCUGCAUCGCUGGAUCCGAUGCCGUCCUGGGCAGCAGCCACUUCUCCCUCCUCUCCUUCUUCAUCCCCCGAGAUGGGACACACCAACGGAUGAGGUUGCGGCUGUCGGAUGCACGCCGGCCUUCCUUCCGACGACCUGCUCCGGCAAAAAGCCAACUACGCCGGCCUCCUCACCUCCGGGCGACUCUCAUCAAGCGACAUCUUGCCCCAUCCUCUCCCAUGUGGGCCAGCCGUCGGAUCCGCGUCACCGUCCUCCCUUCUUCCCGUGCCUCUACGUCGUCGUCCCCGCCGGAUCCGCGUCGCCGUCCCUGUCGGCCCCCACGUCAGCUAGCCGCCGGAUCCGCCUCGCCGUCCUCCACCAACCACCAUCCACCGAAUCCGGCGAGCUCGGGGAGGUUACCGGCGACUCUCGCCUCCCCAUUCCUCCACCACCUCCCGAUGCAGUGCUGCGCCUUGGUCCCGACGCAGGCUUGCAGUUCACCAGUUUCCGCUAGGACGACCACGACGACUCUUGAUGCAGUCCUCAACCCUCACUGGUGGUCGCCGCCGCACGUGAGCCCACGCCACUACUGCCCCCUGACGCAGCACGACUUUCUUUGCUGCGGGUUGUAUGAAUUACAGUGCGGCUCAGAUCGUACCAUGCUGUUUGGAGCAUGUGAGCAUGCAGUGCAAAAUGUUGCAUUUUGUUUUUGAGUUUAUGUAUAAAAAAAUUAAAGGGACUUUAUUUGAAUGUGCUUAGAAAUUGCAGUUUGGAGUAUCUGCACAUGCAGUGUAGACGCUACUUUUGUGUUUGUGGAUUUUUUUUAUAAAGAUUAUAGGGACUCAUUUGAUUGCAGCGAAACAUGGUGAUGUUCAGACAUGAGCAUGCAGUUUCGACCAUGUGGACAUGCAGUGCAAAAAUGGUGUUUUCCGUGUUUGAUGAUUUUAUGUAUAAAAGUUAUAUGGACUCGUUUGAAAA